CGUUGUUUCUUUGACCUUCCAGUACUUCCUGAUUGCACAUUACAUCACAUUGAUAAACAGUUUUAUUUCGACAAAGUUGAUAUGUAUGAGAUUAUUAUAUAUUUUAGUUGAAUUAACUAGAGGUUCUUCUGGUUCUUUUCGUUGAAUAGACGUGGGCAACAUUGAAUGAGAGGUUACUUCUACAGUCAGUAGCAGUUAAAUAACUGAUAACAUGCAGAACUACGGUAAAGCAAUAAAUACUUUUGUUGGACAAUAUCCGACAGGGAUCGCUCUUAUCGCAAUCACAGGUAAAAACAUACUUUUUUAAAUUAUCACAGGUCCUUCAUGAAAUGUAACAACAACGUAGGUAACGUAGCAAAGUCGUGUAACUCAAUUGGUCCAAAAAAAGCUUUUGAUUUAACCUAAUUUUAACAUUCUGUCAAAGAGCACAUGUUCAACUUAAUAAAAAACUAUUUUACCCAUCUCAAAGAGGUUUAUAUAUAAAAAAUGACUAUAGUAAGUGCAUGUUAAGUGCCAAAUAAAGUAGCAGGGUUGACCAUAACAGGACUGACGAUUUAAUCUUUAAAUCAGCCAUAAAUCCGCUUGUGACAGGGAGAAUGGAAGCUUGUUGUGUUCAACAGGGAGGGGCAAUUGAAUGCAAGUUUCACAAAACAUGUGUUAUUGUUUAAACAUUUAUAGCCUGUCUAUCUAUAGGUAGCAGGGUUGGCGUGUUAUGCUCGAACCGCUCAGUUUUCCACCACAACACACCAGAAAAUGGCCCAAAAUAGUAAAAACUGUUUACCUGCUUUUACACUAUGAUUGACUAUAAGAUGUUUCUUUUGGGAAAAAUAUAAAAUAUAAAUAGUAUACUUAAAAUAUAAAAGGGAUGCAAAAGGCACUAUUUUCAUGGAACAAUCCAGCUACGAUCUCUCACUGUAACUGUAAACACUGAGGUAUAUGACUGUAAAGGCUUCUGUGGGUGGGAGGAAGGGGUCCCUGGUUGUGGCGGGGCGGAUGGGGAUGUGGGGCUGGCCAGGCAACUCAGGUAGGCUAUUAGGGAAGGGAGGGGGAUGGAAGCCGGGAGGGGUGGAACAUGUGGUACAUACAUGACGUCCAUAACUACCUAAUCAUCACUGUUUUUAUUUGAACUUCAUAAAGUGUUUUAGUUUUCAAAUCCUUUCUGCAGUCUGAUGGACAUCCUGACAGAUUUCGUCUGUCCCUAUUGUGAUGUCAUCAUAUCAGAUACUGUCUUGCCCUAUUCUGAUGUCAUCACAUCAGAUUCCAUAAAAAUAAGAAUGUCAGAUUCUGUCUGGCACUAUUGUAAUGUAAUCAAAUCAGAUUCUGACUGGCCCAUGUUUUGAUGUCAUCAGAUCAGAUUCUGUCUCACCCUAUUCUGAUGUCAUCCCAUCAGAUUCUGUCUGGCCCUGUUGUGAUGUCAUCAAAUUUGAGAACUGUCUGGCCUUGUUGUGAUGUCAUCACAUCAGAGGUUUUAACAUAGAGAUCCUAUUAAAUUAUUCUCAUUCCUAAUUCUAUGGGUUUUAAAUUCUACCCCCAGAAAUUAUGUCUAGUGUUAUUUUGUUGUGAUGUCAUCACAUCAUAUUCCCUCUGGCCCUGUGAUGUCAAGGAUUCAUCUGACUCUAGAUACUAGAUGCAUUUUGUUCACCUGGUGUGCUAAGAGGGCGGAGGUUGCAUCUUUAGAAUGGGACUUCUGAAACCUAACAUCAAGUUCACCAAUUGUGUCAGACUGAGCUUUUAAAGCUUCAAUUCAUGUGCAAAAUAAAUGGAAAAUCUUGGAUUGUAAUGUUAUAUGCUAGCUAUUUCUUUGAAUAAUUGUCUGACCAAGUUAGUCGGAUUGACUUGUAAAGUUACUAAAUUAUGAUUAAUCAUAACAGUUUAUGACUUUUUUAACUAUCUAUAAGCUACUUUAUAAACUACUUAUAAACCAUUUACAAAUAAAUUAUAAAGUGUACCUCAAUGUAAGGUGUUACCAUAAUAUUGUGACAGGAGUGGGGCUCUUUGCUCUGCGUAAAUGGCUGGCUGGAGGGGUGUGUACGAGCAAAGCCCGGCUGGACGGGAAGACUGUCCUUAUCACCGGAGCCAACACUGGGAUUGGGAAAGAGACUGCCGUUGACAUGGCUAGCAGGGGUGAGCAACAAGUAUUCGACUUCUUCUCUGUUCAUUGUAGUUAGACAGUUGAUAUGAUGAGCUCACAGUGUAAUGUCUGUUCUGUGUUUGGCCACAGGGGCGAGGGUUAUUCUGGCCUGCAGGGACAUGACAAGAGCCAAUCAAGCCGCAGAGGGCAUCAGGAAGAGGAGUGGCAAUGGGAAUGUGAUUGUCAAAAAGUUGGACUUGGCAUCCCUACAGUCGGUGCGACAGCUAGCCAAAGAGAUCCUGGAAAGUGAAGAGAGACUGGACAUCCUUAUUAAUAAUGCAGGUAGAGGGACACUUCCCAGCUAGCACAUAACAUUAUGAGAACCAUAUGUUUCUUAUAGCUUGGUGAGCGCGUGAUUGUCCUAUAGUUAUUUUGCAUACAACCUUCCCACAACCUUAUGGGAAUGGUGCAGGAUAGUUGUUUAACAGAAAGUUUCCUAAAUGUUUUCUUGUGGUUUUUAUGGAACGUUUUCUGAACGUUCUCAGAACAAUUUGAGAACAUUACUUUAAAAAGAACCAUGAGGAAACCUGUAGUAAACGUUAUGCUGAAGUACUGAAAUUCCCACAGAAGAACGUUGUUUCUUAAUGUUCUCUGGACUAUUUGACAACCUUCCCAAUGUCAAACCAGUUGGAGAAUGUUCCUAGAAAAUUACCAAAAUAGAAAUGAAAUGUAACCAUAUUAUUUCAAAACAUAUACAUUCCGUUGUCAGCAUCAACACAACUCUCUCUAUCCUCUUGUUAAGUGUAUUCGGGUGAUCUUAAUGAGUGAUUGUUUCCUUUGAAACAGGGUCUGUUUGAAUAGACUAAAAUGAACAGCUUUGUAUGCUUAAAAAAACAUGGCAUACUAGCUCCAUCCUGGUGGCGCAGUGGACUAAUUCCAUGGAUAGAGAACAGAAGAUUAUAGGUUCGAAUCUCACUGAUGCCGUGUCACAAUAUAAAAUAAAUGUGUUUGCAUGAUUAAUGCCUAAGGAAAUUAAUUUCCCUGUGUUCUAUCUGUGCUUGGAGUUCAGAAAAGCUAACCCAAAAUAAGCUAUCAGUGUUAUUAAACGUCUUGUUGAAACAUUCAGUGAAAGUUUUAAGGUAGUUAUUAAAAACCUCAAAAUAACCUAUAAUGUCAUUAAUAAAACCUCCCAGGAAAACUUUCAAGGAACCAGAGUAAAACAUUCUCAGAACCUCCCUGCAACCUAAAAGUAAAUGUUCCCAGAACAGGCAAAGUUAAUCAAAGGUUCAGUUUUACCGCUCAAGAAACGUAUGGCUUCGUUCCCACAACCAAUGUGAAACCAAAAACAACUUGAGGUGUCAUAAAAAAGAAAUGCGCCCCCCUCCCCAAUGAAAAAAAUAUUUUCACAUUACCCUCCCCUUGUACUGUAAAAUAAAUUGAACACCCUCCCCCCUCAUUGAAUUAACUCAAAAUAAUGUUUACGACCACAAAUAACAAUAACUGUAGCGACCCUGUGUUUAUAAACGUGAAUAUCUACUGUGGUUUUGUGGCACAUUCAAUGCCACGCAGGGUUACGGGCCAGAAGGUUGAGGGUUCGCCGACCACCACAGAGGAGCUCACUCUCCCUGCCUGUUUCAUUUCUUCACGAUCAGAGCUGGUUUCAGACAAUGAUCAGCUAGGGGAAAUCAGAUUUUAAACAUUUUGAUGCCAUAUUUAUAAUUCUAUAAUUAUUUUCCACCAAUAGGUUUAUGUGCCAAAUCACCACACAACAAUAAACAAAACAUACUGACAUGGUUUGCGUUUUCAACGCCACAAUAAAUAGACUGUCAAUCUGGACAGAAAACAAAUCCCUCCCUAAUUUCUAGGCUUACCCAGUAUCAAAUUGACUUGUUGCAGAUAAAAGUCUGCGGAAAUACGUAGUGCACAUAAAAAUACCUUUUGAGGUUAAAUUCCCAUGUAUCGAAUAAAAAAUGCAAGUUAAAUGGGUUUCCAUCACAUUUUCAACUGCAGGCAUACUGAUGGGUUUGUCACAAAAAAAAAUUGCGUAGGUACAGGUAUAGCGAAUGUGCCCACUAUGGUAUUGGCACGUGCGCUCUAGCCAACAGCUUGCAGAUACAGUGCAGGUAUAGCUUACUACAUGAUGAGAUUAUUAUGGACAAAAUAUUAUUUUUAUUUGUCAAAUGGCAGCCAAGCAUCUAUUGAUCAUCAUGUCACCAGAAUAAGACCCUCGAUAUUUAUUGAAAGGAGCAUCAACCUCAUCACUGUGCCCUUUUACACCGCCCUGUGAAGUUCAUCAUAAUUUAUUUAAUCUGUAGCCUAAUAAACUGCAUGCUUUCCCAUGAUGUGGAUAAUUUUUUUAUCAAACAUGUAGGCUACUUUACUCACAUAGAUUUUUUGGAUGGAAACCUGGUUAAUGUCAAGGAUGCUGGAAUUAUAUUUUGGAUGAACGUGCGCAUGCCUACAGGAUAAUUUUUGAAGUAGCCUAAUCAGAUUAAAACAUUGUGACUGGUUGUGUUUAUGCCACAUAUAAAAAGUAAUACAUUAAACAAGUUAAAUGAUCAAUAUUUAGGCUAUAUUGAAGCAUUAGCGUCUAGGUGCAUGAGGAAUAGCCACUCGGAUUGGAGAGGAGGCAGAGCAUGUGUUAAGCUUUCCUGAAUAACUGGGCCUGCCGGGAGCAUAUGUGUUCACGUUAUUAUAGGACGACUUGGGAGAAUGGUGAUCUGCAACAGACAGCGCAUUCAGUAUCAGAAGUAAAAAUAAAGCCAGACUGGCCUGCUACUGUGUCUUUCUAUAAACGGUUGAGAGUAGACCCACAACUGAUCCAAAUCAAAUGAAACAUUCAAAUCACAGGACAUUUUCACUGCAGCCUAGAAUAGUCUAGAAUGUUGUACUCACUUGAAAACAAUAUUGCCAUUAUUCGUUGCAUUGAGGUUUUGUAGGCUAGUCUAGGUAGGAUAAUUGUAUUGUCUCUAAACAAGAUCAAUAGAGGAGAUUUUUUAUCUGUUUGUCUCAUGUCUUCACUGUUCUUUCAUGCGCAAUGAUGCACCUGACCUCUCCACUGCCUAUCAGCUAUUCCUAUUUGUUCUGGUUGAUUCAUAUAAAACAUUGAUGGAGCUUUUAAUGUUUUUAUGUGUGGUAUGAUUGCUAGUUAGCCUAUUGCAGAUCUGGACAAACAAUCCACCUACCACUAUUGUCACUAUGAAUGGUGGAUCGAGGGCAGGAUAGACCGUUAGACUGGUAGACUACUGACCUGUGGUAUAGUAACAGUUAGCACAAAGUGUAGUGCAUAUGGGAAGUACCAAAACACCUUGAUUAUAGUGGCGCAUGCGAGCAGUUUGGCUAGGAUGGAAUAAAUUAUAUAGUAAAACCUGCAACUAGCGAAUGUAAACCAGGGGAAAAAACGCACUGCCCUCCCCUGUGCCCAAGAAAAAAAAACACAACCCUCCCCAAAGCCCAAAAAAAAGUUUGACAACCCUCCCCUAUUUUCGACCAGUAAAUUACGAUCCGUCCCUUGGCAAGCAUGGUAACGUUGCACUAUUCAGCUGUGCUCAUUGUUAAUAGGGUAAUAGUUGACUGCCAUUCCGCCCGUGGCUAAUUUAUAGUAAAGGAGGAGGAGUGACAUGACGCUGUGCUGUUGAUGAGAAGAUUGUAAACAUUAGAAAUAAAUUACCACUGUGCCCAUAGAAGAGGAAGCAAUGUGAAUUAUAUUGUGCUUACUAAAUGAAGUUAAGUGAGCUAUUCAUUCAGACCAGCCUUACUGAUUGAACCUACAUUAUCAACUACAUUUCAGAGAGUAGACUAACUUUUCUUCUCUGUGUCUGUUGAUAGGUAUCAUGAGCUGUCCAAAAUGGCAAACUGAAGAUGGCUUUGAGAUGCAGUUUGGUACCAACCACUUGGGCCACUUUUUAUUGACAAAUUGCCUUUUGGAUCUCCUUAAGAAAUCAGUCCCAAGCCGUAUUGUCAAUGUCUCCAGUUUAGCUCAUGAAAAAGGUAUAACUUUGUCUUUGUCAUUUACCAUAUAAGACAAUGAUUCAGUGUUUAUAGGAUAUAUGAUUGAUUGCCCAAACAAAAUCCAUGAUUUAGCCUGUAAUUGUAGAUUUAAUUCAUAAAGUGUUUUCAUGUACAGUGCCUUCAGAAAUAUUAAUACCCCUUGACUUAUUCCACAUUUUGUUGUGUUACAGCCUGAAUUCAAAAUUGAUUAAAUAGAUUUCUCUCACCCAUUUACUCACAAUACCCCACAAUGACAAAGUGAAAACAUGUUUUAAGUUUUGCACAUUUAUUGAAAAUGAAAUACAGAAAUAUCUCAUUUACAUAAGUAUUCACACCCCUGAUACUUUGUCGAAGCACCUUUGGCAGCGAUUACAGCUGUGAGUCUUUCUGGGUACGUCUCUAAGAGCUUUUCACUCCUGGAUUGUGAAACAUUUGGCCAUUAUCAUUUUCUAAAAUUUUCAAGCUCUGUCAAAUGUGUUGUUGAUCAUUGCUAGACAACCAUUUUCAGGUCUUACCAUAGAUUUUCAAGCAGAUUUAAGUCAAAACUGUAACUCGGACACUCAGGAAUACUCACUGUCGUCUUGGUAAGCAACUCCAGUGUAGAUUUGGCCUUGUGUUUUAGGUUAUUGUCCUGCUGAAAGGUGAAUUAAUCUCCCAGUGUCUAGUGGAAAGCAGACUGAACCAGGUUUUCCUCUAGAAUUUUGCCUAUGCUUAGUUCCAUUCCGUUUCAUUUUUAUCCUGAAAAACUCCCCAGUCCUUAAUAAUUACAAGCAUACCCAUAACAUGAUGCAGCUACCACUAUGCUUGAAAAUAUGGAGAGUAGUACUGUAAUGGAUUUGCCCCAAACAUAACACUUUGUGUUCAGGACAAACACAAAGUGUUUUUUUUUUUUUUUGUUAUUUAGCAGAUGCUCUUAUCCAGAGCGACUUAGAGGAGCAAUUAGGGUUAAGUGCCUUGCUCAAGGGCACAUCGACAGAUUUUUCACCUAGUCGGCUUGGGGAUUAGAACCACCAACCUUUCGGUUACUGGCACAACGCUCUUAACCACUAAGCUACCUUACUUUAUUGCCUUGUUGCAAACAGUAUGCAUGUUUUUUAUUAUUUUUUAUUCUGUACAGGUUUCCUUCUUUUCACUCUGUCAAUUAGGUUAGUAUUGUGGAGUAACUACAAUGUUGUUGAUCCAACUUCAGUUUUCUCCUAUCACAGCCAUUAAACUUGCCUAGUUAAAUAUAGGUUAAAUUAAAUUAAAUUGAAAAAAAAGCCAUUAAACUCUGUAACUGUUUUAAAGUCACCAUUGGCUCAUGGCGAAAUCCCUGAGUGGUUUCCUUCCUCUCCAGCAACUGAGUUAUGAAGGAUGCCUGCAUCUUUGUAGUGACUGGGUGUAUUGAUACACCAUCAAAAGUGUAAUUAAUAACUUGCUCAAACGGAUAUUCAAUGUCUACUUUUCUUUAUUUAUACGAUCUACCAAUAGGUGCCCAUCUUUGCGAAGCAUUGGAAAACCUCCCUAGUCUUUGUGAUAGAAUCUGUUUUUGAAAUUCACUGCUCAACUGAGGGACCUUACAGAUAAUUGUAUGUGUGGGGUACAGAGAUGAGGUAGUCAUUCAAAAAUCAUGUUAAACACUAUUAUUGCACACAGUCCAUGCAACUUAUUAUGUGACUUGUUAAGCAAUUUUUUACUCCUGAACUUAUUUAGGCUUGCCAUAACAAAGGGGUUGAAUACUUAUUGACUCAAGACAUUUCAGCUUUUCAUUUUUAAUUAAUUUGUAAUAGUUUUGAAAAACAUAAUUCCACAAAUCUCAAUUUAAUCCAUUUUCAAUUCAGGCUGUAACACAACAACAUUUGGAAAAAAAUCAAGUGGUAUGAAUACUUUCUGAAGGCACUGUACCUUUCCUUGCUUAGUGUUAGUCCACCUUUUGACAUUAUAUCCAUAUGUGACUUACUAUGUGCCACUUUUAAGAAUAAUUUUUUCAACAGGUGAGAUUUAUUUUGAUGACAUAAACUUAGAUAAAGAUUACAGUCCAUGGAAAAGCUACCGGCAAAGUAAGCUAGCUAAUGUGCUCUUCACUAGGGAGCUGGCAACACGACUACAAGGUAAUUCAACUCCGCUGCACAACAUCAUUUCAUUUUACAGCAUGCAUUUGGCAGUAUGUUAGUAACACUGUUUGGCAUAACAAAGGCAUGAAGUACAAUGUGUGUUGCAUCUCUCUUCAAUAGAGUGGCAGCAGACUUACUGCAUUGAAUUAGGCUGAUACAAGACAUUACCUGUGUUUGUGUGUGUCUCUCUGUAACUGUAGGAACUGGAGUAACUACAUAUAGCCUCCAUCCUGGGGUCAUCCGGACUGAGCUUGGCCGGCACUUCUGGCCCGCCAUGCCCCUGUGGAAAAGAGCCAUCUACAAGCCUCUCAUGUUUUGGCUCAAGUCCCCCAGAGAGGGAGCCCAGACCACCAUCCACUGUGCUGUAGAAGAAAGCCUGGCAGAUGUCAGUGGACUCUACUACAGGUCAGACGCCAUCAGAGCUUGUAUUUGUCCAACCUUAGCUUCUUUUCACUGUUGGUGUUACUUUGCAUGCUUACAGUAUAUGGAUCUUGGUAAGAUUAAUACUAGGAUAUAUUCAAUGUGUGUCAUUAACUUUGUGUGUGUGUUUGGAAUAUUUUUUUCUGUCCUGGUUACAGUGACUGCGCCCCAAAAACUGUGGCCCUUCAGGGCCAGGAUGAUGCAGCUGCCAAGAAGCUGUGGGACCUGAGUGCCUCCAUGGUUGGUCUGGCAUGAUGGACCUGGUUACCACCAGGACUGGCCUAGCCUUUAGAAUGUUGACAUAUUACCAUCUGAUGAUGAUGAACUGUGAAAUGCAUCCAAACCUCAUUGCAUUCAGUAAGAAACUGUUGAAUGACAUUUGUUUAAGUUACAUUUAUUUAGAAUAUACAGCAAACUACAUACAAAAAUACUAUGCAUCAAAAUAUGUUAACGUGAGCCUUUUAAACAGAAGGAAUGUCACAUAAUUAAGUUACAUGGAAGCUGUAUGAACUUUUACUACAUAAGUGUAAAUUCUAUUGUAGAGGAACAAGGAUCACUAAAGUCUGUAUUUACGUACGUUUGUAGUAUACACAUUAUGUUGUCUUGUCAUGGAACUGAUGUAUGAAAAUACAUGUGCUAUAUCUACAAAACAUUUAGAGAAACAACAUACAUUGUUCUCUUGGGUAAUUUAAAAUGUACGAUAAUAAAGUGCUGAUUUACAUAAUCUCUUUAAUUGUACCUAGCUAAGGCAUAAAAAUCAUAUAUGAUUUGUGUAUAUUCUGAGCCUUUCAUAUUGGACAUUAAACCAACGGCACUAAAACAAAACAUAUUGUGGUUGCAUUAUGAAUGAUAAAUUACUUUUUGAUCCACUCUCUUUUCCGAUAAUUUGUCUGGAAGGCACUGUGUACAAGUUUGCUACAAAACAAUCAACCUCAAUUUAAUACUAAAGCUACAACAUACCCCCCAUCUGCAUGUUGCACUAAUAACAACAUUCUACACAACUAGAUGGCUUGUUGGCUACACAUGUACCUCCUACUGUAUGUGUUCUUAGGAUUGCACAUCUAAAGGAUUUAAUGGACCAAAGAAGAUUAUUAUGAAUAUACUUGCAUUCAA